CGACAUCCUGCUCUCCCUUAGUUCCACAUAACGCUGCUUAGCUAGAGGUGUCUUCAAAUUUUAGUGACAUGAGUGCUGACAAUUGCGAUGGAAAUGUGUCUGUGCCUUUACGAAAUGUACUGAACUCCGUCCAGUGUAUCAGAGACCGAGUCAGAGAUGGAGAAUCCAACGAAUCAGACGGAGCAUUCAACCUCUCCAACUUCUGGGAGACUUUGAACCAAGCAGUGAAGGCGGUGUCACAGGAAGCCACUAAACUCAGCCUUGCCUUUUCCAGACCUCCGCUUCCAUCCCAACAGGAUGGAGAGAAGCUGUCGGAGUCCAUCCUGAAGAGUGUCUUGACUUUGUCAACAGUGUAUUACUGGCUACCCAAGAGCCAAGGGGUGACUCUGCGUCGGCAGAUCAGAGAUGCAACGGUGGAGGUGUUGGAGGGAGUCAUUCAGCUGUCGGAGGUCAUACUGAGCUCACCGCUACAGAGUCUGACCCAGGAACAGCUGACAUCAACAGGAGGAGUUUGGUCUGCCUGCGACCGCUUCCCCCGGCUGCCACGAGAUAAUAAGGCAGCCCUGCUGGUGGUUCUGUCCUCUCAGUUAGGAGUUGUAAAAGAUGCUAUAGAAGAAAUUGAACAGGCAUUAUCUGAGGUCCAGGACCCAUUCAACGAUGUACUUGAUGAUGACCAGGAUGCAGACAAUCCUCGAAGCAACCAGGACACGUACUGGUCAGAGAGAGACCGGUCUGUGAUUGCUCCGUGUCAGGGGCUGAUGAAAGCAGCAGCAGCCUGUCUGAGGAAGCUGACAUCAGCCGUCAGAGCCAACGCCGACUUCAGCGUACCUCAGAACGUCGCCCAACUCGAUGACCUGAGUGAUGUCAGCCGGGAAGUCAGCCCUGGGGUUGAUGAUUUGGCUCUUUGUCUCUACCCACCCAUGGACUACAGUGGAGUCGAAAACAAUGUGUCUAAAUUGGCGGCACUUUUAAAGAAGUUUCUGGAAAUAAUCAGGUCCAGUCAUAUCUGUGGAGAGUCAGAGCUGAACUGGGUUCAGUUCUUAGGUGGAGCAGUCGACCACAACCUGAAGAAAGCCAAAGAUCUUAUUGAGCCGGAGAGCUAAUGUUUCUGUUUAGGAGCUUUUCUCUGCUGUGUUCUCAAUGUGCUGGGAUGAGGAAUAAAUGGGAACUGUGUGUGUGUUUGUGUGUGUGUGUGUGUGUGUGUGUGUGUGUGUUUUGAGGUUUCUAAAGUAUGUCUACAAAUGCGUUCAUGUAAAAUAAAGAGUGUGUGACAAC